AGCGGAGACAGGCGACCCGGCUUCCUUCCGGUUUGCUAGUGGAGGCCGGAAGUGGGGGUUCUAGGGCUGCCGCCGGGUUAGAAGCGCGCUGAGAGUGGCAUUUUAAGCUUCGCCGAGGCGUUCCUGUUCUCACGGCUGUACAGGGAUUUAACCACCACCAUGUCGAGCAAAAGGGCAAAGACCAAGACCACCAAGAAGCGCCCUCAGCGUGCAACAUCCAAUGUGUUCGCCAUGUUUGACCAGUCGCAGAUCCAGGAAUUCAAAGAGGCCUUCAACAUGAUUGACCAGAACCGGGAUGGCUUCAUCGACAAGGAAGACUUGCACGACAUGCUUGCUUCACUGGGGAAGAAUCCAACUGAUGACUACCUGGACGCCAUGAUGAAUGAGGCUCCGGGCCCCAUCAAUUUCACCAUGUUCCUCACCAUGUUUGGGGAGAAGUUGAAUGGCACAGAUCCCGAAGAUGUCAUCAGAAAUGCCUUCGCUUGCUUUGAUGAAGAAGCAACUGGCACCAUCCAGGAGGAUUACCUGAGAGAGCUGCUGACCACCAUGGGCGAUCGGUUUACAGAUGAGGAAGUGGAUGAGCUCUACCGAGAAGCCCCCAUUGACAAAAAGGGGAAUUUCAACUACAUCGAGUUCACACGCAUCCUCAAACACGGGGCAAAGGACAAAGACGACUGAAAGAACUUCAAAUUCCAGCCAAACGUUCCUUGUUGCCACUUGGGUAGUUCUUGCAGAACCUGUUGCAUGCUCUCUGCAUUUUACAGCUUUUUGCCUUUCUUGUUUUGUAUUUAUUCUCAGCCAUUUGGGCUUAUGUAUCUUUAUAAUCAGAGUGGAAAUGGGACUUUUUGUCAUUUUCAGAAUAGAAAAUAAGGUAAUUUAACCUACAACUGGUCUUGUCCCUCCCUAACUACAGCCACAGAGUCAGUAUAUUUUUUCAGAGAAAGUUAUUCACUCAAUUUUUUCUGAACAAUUAAACUUUAUGAUAAAAUA